CAGACACUUUUCUUUCUCUCGCCGGCACACAAGAAUUCCUUGUUGCUUCCAUGAUCAUGAAUUUAAACUUCAAUCUUAAUUCGAGAAAUCACGAUUUUAUAUGAAUUUUUUCUUUUGGGUUGCAGGAGUGUCAGCAUGGCUAAGAGCUCCUUCAAGCUGGAACAUCCCCUCGAAAGGAGGCAGGCAGAAGCAGGUUGCAUCCGAGAGAAGUAUCCUGAUAGAAUACCAGUAAUUGUUGAGAGGGCUGAGAAGAGUGAUGUGCCUGACAUUGAUAAGAAAAAGUCAGUUUUGUACUUAUUUUGACAACUUAGGAUAUUAUGGUUUCCAUGCUGCUUGGUUCCUGAUUAUUGUGAUUUAUCUGAUACCAUUAACUGAUGUUAUAUUUUCUAUACACUUAAACUUUAGCGUUUUUAGAUUCUUAGAUUUUGUAUUCUUUUUACCUUUGCUCAAAGUAUGUGCCCAUUUUUUACUGAUAAAUGGGUUGCUGUUUGUUAAUAGAAGUAGUUCAUGCUUGAUGUGUUUCUUAUUUUGAAAGUAUUUUUAAUUUUUAUAUGUAGUCUCAAAACUUGUAGGUUAUUGAUUCCAGUGGAUUUAGUUAAUGAAGAUUUAUAUAUCCUUGCUGAAGAAAUGCUUCCGCAUGAUGGUGCUUUGAGGCAAUCUACUGUUUGUUGACAUGAACUAUUGUUGCCAUAAUUUAGCAAUCAUAUUCUUUGGUAACCUCUGCUGUAAUUAUUCAAUGAUAAAUUGGUUUUCGGGUUUGAGGAAUUGCAGAUGCUAAUUAAGGCUUAAAUAACUCUCUAUUGUAACAUGAUUUACUUUAAAAUUCUGAAUACUAAUUCUGCAUUUCCAACCUUGAACAUGCUACUUUGGAUGAAUUCAGGUAUCUGGUUCUUGCUGACCUGACUGUUGGACAAUUUGUCUAUGUUGUCCAGAAGGGGAUUAAGCUCAGUUCUGAGACGGCCAUCUUCAUUUUUGUCAAGAACAUUUUGCCACCCACUGGUGAGAUAAAAGUUAUAUUUUGAA